AUGAAUCAAGAAACCCCACCCCAGUCGGGUUCGCCACUCCCUGUUCGACGUGAUCGCAAGCGUGCACGCUUAUCUGACCUCGGUGUAAUCACCGAGACCCACAUUUCCGAGCCGACUGUGCCGGUUACUCCACUUCCACCUCCACCGCCCCCACUGAGUAAACCCUGGCCAACCCGUCUCGCGAAGGACGACAUUGUCGCAUUAGAACAAAGAAUCCGCUAUCUCGACCGAUUGAUCGAUGAUGCCGGAGAGAACACCGCCAAAGCCAGAAGACGAGUUGAAGAACUCCGCUACGGCGCCGGAUCAUUGGCAAAGAUUCAUGUCACGGAUUCAAUCAGAACAAGUGUUACCCAAGAAGAGUACGGUAUAGCUCGCGAUGAGGAAAUCAGGAGCGAAAUCCAUCGAGAUCAGCAUCGAAAAAUUUCAGGUGGUCAAAGAAGGGUCUCCGAGCCGCCUAGACUUAUUAGGACACCUGAAUCGAAGAUAGAGAAGAUGAGACGGAUUAGUAUGGGUACUACUGUUGGUCGCGAUCCUAGAGUCGGUGAUCAAGCUGCCACGCGCGGUAAAUUUGUCCGAGAGCAAAUUGGGAAGGAUAAUGUUGCCAAAGAACAAGCCACGAAGGAUGGGUAUGCCUCAAGGGAACAACGUGCUGGAGAUCGAAUUCCGAAGGAGUAUUCCGAGAAGGGGCUGGAAGAGCCAAAAAUCAAAGAAAGGCCCAGAGCUCCAGAGGCGAUUCCAGAUUUGAAGCUAAAGAAAACGCGAGAUCGAACCACUCUCAGGGUUCCAAUGGCAAGUGGAAGGGGACAGGGACAGGAGGGGUAUGAGGGGCAUGCGAAGAAAGAUAGCGACCCGAAAUGA